UGAAAACUUCCUUCCCACAGCCACUGAGGGCUGGCCCCUGGAAUCUGGGUGCUCAACUCUUCUUUGCCAAACUGCUUGACGUGGGUUUCAGCUGCUCAGGGUAACUGGCUCAGUGCCAACAGGCGGAUGGCUAGAUAUCAGAAUAAAGCAGAUAUAUGUUUAUUGCUACAAGAUGGGGGUUAACUGGAUUCCAGCCCUUCAGGCAGGUCAAGUCUCUUCAGUAUUUUGGUAAAGGCUCGAAAGAGGGAAGGGUAGCUGUGUUUACGAAAUUGGCAGAUAUACUAAACUGGCAGGUGGAAGAAGGAAUUAAGAAUCAUCUGACAUUAAAUAAUCUAAGAUCACAGAGCAACAGGUAUCAAGCAAAGUUUAAGAACUUUAAUCCUGAACCUACCAAGAGAGAACAGAAAAGGCAAAACCCCCUCUAAGUGCCUUCAGAAUCCAUCACCUUGAACUUCUCAAUGCUCUUUAAAUAUUCUAAACACUGAACGACAUCAGUCUUUGUAAGAGGAAAUUUUCCUGAUCCACUGAGCAAGCUAGAAUGGCAGACAGGGAAUCCAGCAAAUAACAGCAGCACUCGUGGAAGUUGCAGAACACACAGAUGAGGCACUUGGCUUCUUGUGGUAUUCUGAUGACCAGAACUUCUCCUUUGCAAGUACCUGUAAUGAGCCAUACUUUUUCAAGAAACUUCUUCAAUGUUGCUGCACCACUAAUAAAUAAAAGAAAAGAAUAUUCUGAAAGAAGAAUUAUAGGGUAUUCCAUGCAGGAAAUGUAUGAAGUUGUUGCUGUUGUGGAGAAUUACAAACUCUUUGUUCCUUGGUGUAAGAAGUCAGACAUACUCUCGAGGCGCUCUGGGUACUGCAAAGCAGAGCUGGAAAUAGGAUUCCCUCCUGUAGUAGAGAGAUACACAUCAAUUGUAACCCUAGUGAGACCACAUUUAGUUAAGGCAUCAUGCACAGAUGGAAAGCUCUUUAAUCACUUGGAAACAGUGUGGCGUUUGAGCCCUGGUAUCCCUGGUUAUCCAAGGACAUGUACAUUGGAUUUUUCAAUUUCUUUUGAAUUUCGUUCACUUCUACACUCAAAACUUGCUACGCUAUUUUUUGAUGAAGUGGUAAAGCAGAUGGUUGCUGCCUUUGAAAGAAGAGCAGCCAAACUCCACGGCCCAGAAACCAGCAUCCCUCGGGAGCUGAUGCUGCAUGAAGUUCAUCAGACGUAAAGGGAAACUGUAACAACCUCAGCUAUAAACUUGUUUGUACACUUCACUUGUACAAAGUGCUCCUCCUUUGGGGCAUUCAUUUCUUAUCUGAGCUUGGGUGUGAUCUUACCCUGUGCCAAACACACCUGCUCAGACAGACAGACAGACAUAGAAUGUUCAAAAGCUGCAAUCAAGUGCAGCUUAAAGCCUUAUCGGUAACAGACACCUGGCAGCUCCAGUAACCCAGGCUAUCUCGGCUGCCGUUUAACGCCAAACGGCUCCUGGAAUCACUGCCUUAGCCAAGCUCCUGGCGUUUGUCAGCACUGUAACUUAUUAACUCAACUUUGUGGGAAUGUAACUUCAGAGCAUCAACUCAGCCAGCUCUGCCCAAGCAGAGGCCAACUGACACACUGGCUUCCCAGAGAAUGGCACAGCUUGGCAGCCAUUGAGGAGUGGUGCUUUGAAUUCAAAUGAAUGGCAAAGGUAAGUCAGGGAUCUCCAGUUGCCCCUAGAGUGACUAGCAAUGCUCCAGAACUCUUGUUUUCAGGGAUGAAAUGCAUAAGGAGCACUGUAAUCUCAGUGCAGCAGUCUCAGCUACAGGCAGUGAAGCCCAGUGGACCUGUCUGGAAUUUGUGGUACAUUUGGCAGGCUGAACUUGCUCCUUGCCACUCCUUCCCUGGUACACGCUGCACUUUGGUUCCCUCCAUCUCACCUAAUGCAAACAGAACACUUUAAAGCAGGUGUUACCUCUGAGAACCAGGUACCCGUGCUGUCCUCCCUGGAAGCAGGUAACAGGAGGCCCUGUGCUUCCUUGCAGAGAACAGCCAAGGCCAGCUGUCACCAUAAAUCAUGUAAAAGAGCACUAAAACUUCAUUCUUUGAAGUUCUUCAGUACCAUGCUCCCACUGUGAUAAUGUCAUCCUGAUGACAUACAUGUUCAGUAUUUCUACUCCUGAAUAUUCUCUUCCCAGUUUCUGAAGAAAUCAAGUGAAUAGGUGUGAACAGAUUCUAAAUCCUUACUUUAUGCUGCCUUGCAUUACUGAAUUUCCUUACUGAAAUUAGGUGAAGCUUCAGGCCAGUUGCUUAAGCUGCUCCUUUCUCUGCAGCACAUGUAAUCCAUAUGGUUAAUUAAGAACAGCAUAUUAAAUAACAUAGAAAGGUAUGUUUCAAAAUAAAGACAGCCCUGCAACAGUUUCAGAUCAUUUUACUUAAAAUAAGAAUGUCACACAUCCCAUCUGUGGAAGGAUAGUUCUUAUUAAGGGCAGGAAGCUGAGGAAAGCAACAGGUGGAUCAAGGUCAUUUGUACAGAACUGAGAAGAUGUAAAGCAAUUUUGAUUGUUGAGGUAAUCAGAUAUACACAAGUUUGGGAACACCAUGGUUCUGCAGGCUGGAAAACAGAAAAGACUGCACAAUGUUAGUGGUGGUGUCAGCUCAAAGAACACAGAGAGAGGCAAAGCAACAUUUCUAGUGCAAAAUAACUAAAUCCUGCACCCUUACCAGAAAGGAGGAAGGGAAGAAUGAAAGGCUCAAGGUGAGGAGGUAAUCACAUAUUACACCUGAGCAAAGGAAGAUCUAAAAACCCCAGAACUCUUUCUUAGCAAAGACUUCACCUGUUUGAUACCCUCGGGGCACUUCACUUGCCCUGGGACUGUGAAAGGUACACUGGGCCUGUUCCAGCACGUGAAACAACCAGAUAGGGCAAAAUAAACUCAGUGCACGUGCUUUGUUUUCAGAGCAUUGUUUAAUAUUUCAAAGAACUGUAGUGCAGUUCAGCUUAGAUAUUUCUUACCAAAAUUAAAGCACUUGCAUUUCUGAGAAACAUUCUAGACAAAGGAAUGUUUCUUGGAGUGAAAUGCCCUGUCACUUUUUCAAGCAUAAGUGUCAAUUUCUACUAAAUCUUAGAAGCAGCAGCAGGCUGUCCAGGCUCUCCCAUAACUAUGGCUUUGUGUGCAGAUGAAGGAGGUGAUACAUUUUGAAACUUUUGAGCAGUUUAUUACAUAAAGGUCACAUAACUCUAUUUGCCUACUUUGUACACAAUUGUCUAGUCUCACGCACAGUGGCUUCCAAGUUCUUUCUAGUACUGGCAAGCACCAAGAAAUUCUGAAACAGAAGAUCAAGUGCCUUAAUUAAGUUCAAAUCAGGACCUUGGUAGAUGGAUCUUGCACCCAGUUAUCAGGAAUGUACAAAUGUCUUUAUUCAAAAAAUACAAAAUAAAUUAUCUGUAGGCAUGGACAAUGA